CACACGGAAUGCAUCAGCAUUCGUGACCGCGUGGCCGAGUAAUCAAACGCGAUCGAAACUUUCACGCGAAUGCGUUUGUUUCAGUUGGCUCUGCGAAUCCCUGGAAGAUUGUUGCAGGAGUCCAUUACCCCCCUUGCAACAACAAAGCGUGAUUUACGAACAAUUCGAUUGUUGUUAGCCAAAAGUUUGCCGGAUAAUUGGGGUUCCAAGAAACACCACCGAGCUGUCAAAUUACACUUUCCCCUCGACAUGUCCGACCCUAAGAUUGAGGAGGCCCUUGCACCCCUACGGGCCAGUGUGAAGGAGCAGGGCGACCUGGUUCGCGAGCUGAAAUCCACGGGUGCGCCGGAGCUGGACGUGAAGAAAGCAGUAGCAGAGCUAAAACUCCGCAAGAAGCUUCUAGAAGACAAGGAGUUGUCCUUCGUCUCAGAAUCCCAGACCUUCGACCGAACCCGAAUGGAGGACCUCCUGAAACGUCGAUUCUUCUUCGACCAGUCCUUCGCGAUUUACGGUGGUAUAACCGGUCAAUACGACUUCGGUCCAAUGGGCUGUGCCUUCAAAACAAACCUCCUAAACACCUGGCGAAACUUCUUCGUCCUGGAAGAGCAGAUGCUGGAGGUCGACUGCUCGAUCCUCACCCCCGAGCCGGUGCUAAAAGCCUCGGGGCACGUCGACAGAUUCGCGGACCUCAUGGUCAAAGACCUGAAAAGCGGCGAGUGUUUCCGCCUGGAUCACCUGAUCAAAGCCCACCUCGAGAAGAUCACAGCGGACAAGAAGACAGACCAACAGACCAGAGAAGACUGCAAAGACAUCGUGAUUAAGCUCGACGGAAUGACCAAAUCCGAGAUGUCAGAAGUCCUCAAGCGCUUCAACAUGAAGUCCCCUUCAACCGGAAACGACUUGUCCGAGCCCAUGGAGUUCAACCUGAUGUUCGGGACGCAGAUAGGCCCCACAGGGCUCAUCAAAGGCUUCCUCCGACCAGAGACAGCCCAAGGAAUCUUCGUCAACUUCAAGCGUCUCUUGGAAUUCAACCAGGACAAGCUUCCCUUCGCAGCUGCGCAGAUCGGCAACGCCUUCAGGAACGAGAUCUCCCCCAGGUCGGGGCUGAUCAGAGUCCGAGAAUUCACGAUGGCUGAGAUCGAGCACUUCUGCGAUCCCUCCGACAAGUCUCACCCGAAAUUUGAAAACGUGAAGGACACGAAACUCAUGCUGUAUUCCGCCUGCAACCAGAUGGACGGAAAGAGCGCUGAGCAGAAGUCCAUUGGAGAAGCUGUGGCUGCUGGACUGGUGGCUAACGAGACCCUCGGCUACUUCAUGGCGAGGAUCCAAACCUUCCUGACGAAGGUGGGAGUUGAUCCCAAACGACUGAGGUUCAGGCAGCACAUGAGCAAUGAGAUGGCGCAUUAUGCUUGCGACUGCUGGGACGCGGAGUGUCUGACUAGUUACGGAUGGAUCGAGUGUGUCGGGUGUGCGGACAGGUCUGCUUACGAUUUGACACAACACACGAAGUCGACGGGGGUCAAGUUGGUUGCCGAGAAGAAACUCCCGGCUCCUAAGGUCGUUGACGUCGUGGAGGCAGCGCCUAACAGAGGAAUCAUUGGGAAAACUUUCAGAAAAGAAGCCAAAGCCGUUCUCGAGACACUCGAUGCUCUAGAUAAGGACGAGAUUGAUCGAUUGGAGAAGGGCUCGGAGGAUGGAUCUUACAGGCUGACGUUGGGGGAUGGGUCCCAGGUGGAGAUGAAGAAGGAAAUGGUGGCGGUCAAGAGGUACCAGAAGACUGUUCAUGUCGAGGAGAUUAUCCCUUCUGUCAUCGAGCCCUCCUUCGGCGUUGGCCGGGUCAUGUACGCCGUGUUGGAACAUAACUUUAAGAAGCGCGAGGGGGAUGAGAUGAGAACCUAUCUCAGUUUGCCGCCUGUGGUGGCGCCACUGAAAUGCUCCGUUCUUCCGCUGAGUGGGAAUCCCGAGUUUGUGCCGUUUGUGAAAGAGUUGUCGCAGGGUCUGACGAAAGUCGAUGUUUCGCAUAAGGUGGAUGAUUCCUCUGGGAGCAUUGGGAGGAGGUAUGCCAGGACUGAUGAGAUCGCUAUUCCUUUUGGGAUCACUGUGGACUUUGAUACUUUGAAGAAGCCGCAUUCGGUCACGUUGAGGGAGAGGGAUUCUAUGGGACAAGUCAGGAUUGGGGUUGACGAUCUGCCGGGGGUCGUCAGGGAUCUUGCUAAUGGGAAGAUUACUUGGGGGGAGGUUGAGGCCAAGUACCCUAAGUUUGAGCAGCAGGAGAGUAAUGAGGCGUAGAGAAUUUUAGGUUUGAUGAAUUCUUUGAGACAAUUCAGUCGAGGGAGAUUUUGGUAAAUGGGCCUUCGUUAGUGGCCGAUAUCUCGGAAUUGACAGGGGGAAGUUGCACGAUUUUUUUGUUCGUUUUGAAGAUCUUUUUUUGAUCUUUGAAGAGAAAGCAGAGUUAUUCGAAUCGUGCCGGUUGGUUUGGAGAUAUUGGAGUUUUAAGAAAGUUCAUUUUUUGUAAAUCUACGACAUUUGUAUUUAUUCAACAGAUGCUUUUACUGGCAUUCAGCUUUUGUACUUUUUAUUGAUGCAAGUGGUUCUUGUAAUGAUUGAAUAAAUUGGAGAUUAUGAUGAGAUUUGGUCA